AUGCCUUAUGACUUGUUGAACAACAUCCUGAGAGCAAAAGCUUCUGCUUCCAAAGGACUUGCAAGCGGAUCAGUUGAGCGUUGGAGGAAGAUUUCUAUAUGUAACUCGAGGUACGAGGUUUAUCCUUUCUACAAUGAAACCGUAGUGACAAGUGUUCUUCCUCCGCCGGUUUCACCUACUCCAUUGCCUCCUGGAAAAGGAGGAAAUUCCACAGUGAUAAUCAUAGCAAUUGUUGUGCCGGUCUCGGUUUCUUUUCUUCUUUUUGUUGCUGUUUGUAGCUUCUGUGUAGCAAAGAGAGUGAAGAGGACUUAUGAUAAAACACCUGCAAAUGAUGAUAGGGAUGAGAUGACAAUUGCAGGCUCACUACAAUUUGAUUAUAAAGUUGUUGAAGCUGCGACAGAUAAGUUUUCUCUAUGUAACAAAAUCGGUCAGAUUCGGACAAGUUUACAAGUAAAGAGACUAUCGAAAACAUCAGGACAAGGUGAAACAGAGUUCAUUGUUGUGGCAAAGCUUCAGCAUAGAAAUCUGGUCAGGCUUCUAGGAUUUUGUUUGGAAAAAGAAGAGAAAAUACUUGUCUAUGAGUUUGUGCCUAACAAAAGCCUUGAUUACUUCUUGUUUGACUCUAGAAAGCAGAGUCAGCUAGACUGGACAAAACGGUAUAACAUUAUCGUGGGGAUCGCUCGAGGAAUUUUAUAUCUUCAUCAAGAUUCACGACUCACAAUCAUACGUCGUGACCUCAAAGCGGGUAACAUCCUCUUGGACGCUGAUAUGAACCCCAAAGGCGCAAAUAUUGGAAUGGUGAGAAUUUUUGAAAUUGACCAAACAGAAGCCAAUACAAGAAGAGUAGUUGGAACCUAUGGUUACAUGUCUCCAGAGUAUGCAAUGUAUGGCCAAUUCUCAAUGAAAUCAGAUGUCUAUAGCUUUGGGGUCUUAGUUCUUGAGAUUAUAAGCGGCAAGAAGAACAGUAGCCUCUACCAUAUGGAUGGUAGUGUCGGCAAAUUGGUUACAUAUACUUGGAGGCUAUGGAGCAAUGGGUCUCCACUAGAGCUUGUAGAUCCGUCCUUUCGAGAUAACUAUCAAAGAAAUGAAAUCAGUAGAUGCAUCCAUAUCGCUUUAUUAUGUGUUCAAGAAGAAGCUAUAGAUCGCCCAACCAUGUCAGCAAUCGUCCAGAUGCUCACUACUAGCUCUAUAGCUCUCGCAGUACCUCAACCACCUGGAUUUUUCUUUCGGAGUAGGCAUGAUCAAGCAGGUCCAUCGAUGGAUAAGUCUGCUCUUUGUUCUAUCGAUGAUGCAUCGAUUACUUGUGUAUCUCCUCGUUGA